CUCCCAGCUAUAAAAUCCAACCAAAUUCACCUUCCAUGAAUCAUAGGGUUUUCUUUUCUUCUGCGAGGUCUACCAAACCUCGCAGGAACAAGAAAAGAAAACCCGCCCAAUCCCCUUCUCAUCAUCAAAACCUUUCUUUUUUGUUCUUGUUUUUAUCAUUACCUUUACUCUAAAGAGCGAAUUGAACAAGCUCGCUCCUAGUCAUAUAAUAUAAACCAAGUAGUGUUUGUUUUUCAAGUGUUGUGUCAUGGAAGUGCAUUCUCCAGUGAUAGCCAAGAGGCUAUGGAACGUGUUGAGGGUAACAUUCUUCAUGAUAAGGAAGGGAUUGAUAUCAAAGAGGAAGUUGAUCAUGGACAUGAACUUGAUGAUGAAGAGAGGAAAGCUCUUGAGAAAAUCAUUAAGCAACCUCAUGUCUCAUCACCACCACUCCAAGAACAUGGCACGUGCUGGCUAUGGCAUACAGGAAUACGAAUUCUCUUGCAGCAACAGCCCUAAUCCUGUUUUUUUCCACGUGCCGAAGCGUAAACACCAUUACUUCCCUUGCAUCAAUGCCCCUGCAGUUCUUGAAGAAGUAGAAGAACCACUACCUCAACCUCAUCAAGAACCUAAGGCUGUUGUUUUGGUCCCCAAGACCCCGGAGUACACUUUCAACUUCCGGUUUGAUCAUGCGUCUGAUUUUGCUUCCGGCGAAAAGCAUAGCCCUUUACUAUCUCCAUUUUCUGUAAGGGUAUCUAAUUAUUCAUCAGAGGAUGAGAUUGAGGGUGAAAAUGAACAAGUUGAUCAUGAAGCUGAGGAAUUCAUCAGAAGGUUCUAUGAGCAGCUAAGGGUACAAAGCCAUAGGCAAUUGCUGCAGUACCAGGAUUUGCAAUAUGAGCAAAUGCUUGCUAGAGGAACUCACUAAUUAAGUUUAUUAUGUAUCAUCAUGCACUCUCAUAGAUCCAUUUUGGAUCUACCAUUCCCAUAUUUCACAUACAUAUUGUAAAUUUUUUUUGAACUUUUUUCUUUCCCAUCCAUUUGUUUGCCUAUAUAUUAGUAUUUCUUCUAGUUAUUGGGGAUCUUAUUUAAUGGAUAUGGGAUCAUGAUGAUAGUGUAAUGUAUGGAUUUGUAACGUUGGAAUGUCCUCCACUUUGGUUUACUUUAAUGGUGAGCUAUCACAGUAGAUAUUUGGAAUGUGUUUGAUGAA